AUGCUCGGAUCCGACGGGUAAGCAAGCCGGAAAGAAAAAAAAAGUUAACCACAAACCCCAUCAUACUCAAUUUAAAUACUCUAUCAACCUCUUGAUUCGCCUCUCUCGAAGGCGCUCUUUGUUCUUUCCUUACGUACCUUGUCAGUUUCUUCUUUUUCUACUCAGGAAGAGUCUAAAGGCUGUUUCUUAUUGGGCUUACAAGUGCUCUCAAGGCGUACUUUGCUUAUAUCGAGUCAGUUUCAAAUCAAUUGGUUCGAAGGAGCAGCAGAAGCUCACGGCCCCGCAGUGGAAUGAGUUCAACCGUCAGCCGGAAUGGCACUAUGUUGGUCGAUACCUCGAUGUGAGUAAACUAUGCCAGGAACACGACGAGGUGUAGAAGUUGAAAAUUGACGAACUCUGCUCUUUUGCCAACCCUUAGUUUGCACCCAAGAUCUCGGAGAUCGCACUCGCAUCCGUUCGCGCCAGUCUCGGGGUGACUACGAUCCCACAGGAGCUCAUCACGAUGCACAUUCGCCGGGGUGAUUUCCUGGUAAGUAACUCCUUCUUUCCUUCCCAUACAGGUCCGAAACUGAUUCGAUCAUUGUUUCCGAUCGCUCCGAUAGACUUGGCGCGAGAAGGGUACCGACUGCACGCCUAGUCUCGAUGCCUUUGUCGCCGCGGUGAAGGAUCAUCUCAAAGCCGAGCUCAAGAUGUCUUCGCCCGAACUCGACGUCGACAAGAUCCAGGUGCUGAUCACCACCGACGAGCAAGACGACCGCGCGAUUCUGGACCAGAUCGCCGCCAACGGUUGGGUCAUCAGCCAGACACCUUCGAGCAUGAUCGAAGAGGCGUUUGGUGAUGCGUGGAAAUGGGCCGACUCGGCGAUCGCUCAAGCGAUUCUGAGUUUGGGAGCCCGAGGCUUCGUGGGGACGUCAAACUCUCAAGUCAAUCAGUUGACGCAACUGAGAAUCCAGUCGUACUACAAGCGCAAGCACGCGCCGACAAGGAUGGUUGACCGGACCGGAAAGUUCAUGACGAAACGUAGUCUGCCCCACAACCCGGGGUUCUCAAAGAGACGACUCGCUAUCCGUUAUAACAGUCUCAACUCAUUUUCGUGCCUCUUCAUCAGUUUUCGUUAUAACAUAUUGUAUUUUGAGAGCAUAUCCAAUCGACCGGUCUGUAACUUCUACGACAGUGAUGAACAAGUGA